GUUCCCAGCCCUGUACGCGCGCCGUUAGAUUGCGCAGCAGUGCGAAACGCGAUAGACAAGCUGAGAGAACUUCUUGCGUAACAGGGACACACGUUCAUGUGUCCCCGGUUCUCACUAUGGAACCGUUUUGCAAUGGGGAACCGUUUUGGGACAACGAGAAGACCUGGAACAACACCUGGCCUCGGUUCACCAGCUGUUUCCAGUCCACGGUGCUGGUGUGGGUGCCGUGUGCGUGGCUGUGGCUGACGGCGCCGUUCUACAUCUACUACCUCUGUACAGUCAGUCCACAGGUUUUGUCAUCAGUGGCCAAAUAUUUAGUAAAAUUGUUGGGUUGUGCUCUCCUCCUUCUGCUGUCUAUAGUGGACAUCGUCCAGUCUGUCAGUGACCACCGGACGAAAGGCAGCAACACCUACUUCCUGGCUGAUGUUGUUGCACCCAGUGUACAGUCUCUCACGUUUCUCCUCGCCCUGUUGUUUAUAUUCCUGGAGAGGAGGAAGGGCCUCAUCACAUCAGGUGUCCUGUUCCUGUUUUGGGUGUUUCAGAUAGUUGCCGGCAUCGUGCCCUUUUACUCCAAAAUAAAACUGCAGACAUACCAGCAGGACGUACUGAGGUUCAGCUUGUUCUACAUCUACUACUUCCUGGUGCUGGUUGAGUUUGGCUUCAGCUGUUUUGCUGAGACAGCCUGGAAUCCCCCAUCACAAAAGAUCCGAUGUCCGGAGACCGAGUCAUCCUUCUUGUCCAGGAUUACAUUCUGGUGGAGUAACAGGUUACUUUUCCAAGGAUACAAAAAGGCUCUCACCGAAGACGACGUGUCUGAUCUCCACCCUCGAGAAAAGUCAAUUAAUGUUGUGCCUCGUUUCCUUGUCAACUGGAACUAUGAAGUUGAAAAAGCCAGAGAAAAGGCUCGCAGACAAGGCAGACAGUCAGAUCCACUUGCAAGUGGAUCCUCCAGCUCUCAGGACAGCAAUGAGUACACUCCACUCAUACCAAAACAAGCACCUGCCGAGGAGGCCAAGUCAGACAAAACUGGACCAUUACCAUCACUUGUUCUUGCUCUGUGGAAAACCUUCGGUCUGGAGCUCCUCCAGUCUCAGUUCUGGAAACUUCUAUAUGAUGCCCUGUUAUUGUGCAACCCACUCCUACUUGGACAGCUGAUAGAGUUUGUAGAAAACAACCAGACCGAAGAAUGGAAGGGCUACACGUUCGGCGCCAUCUUGUUCGCAUCCAUGUCGCUACAGUCAGUCUUCUUCCAUGCCCUGUGGCAUCAGUCCACCUCCCUGGGUCUGAGAGUCAGGGCCAGCAUCAUCUCCGCAGUCUUCAGGAAGGCAUUGUCCAUCAACAACCAGGCCCGCCGUGAGUCCACAGUGGGGGAGAUAGUGAACCUGAUGUCGGUGGAUGCGGAGCAUGUGGAGGGGGUGUUUGGGUGGCUGUGGUCCACGUGGUCCAGCCUCCUCCAGAUCUGUGUCUCCCUCUACCUGCUCUACAACACACUGGGCGUGGCUAUGUUCGCUGGCCUCGGCUUUCUGCUCCUCCUCUUCCCCCUCAACGGCAUCAUCAUGACCAAGCUAGGCAAGUACCAGACGCAGCUGAUGGAGCAGAAGGACAUCCGGAUGAAAAUGGUAAACGAGGUGCUCAGUGGGAUGAAGAUACUGAAGCUGUAUGCCUGGGAGGACUCUUACAAGGAGAAGGUGAAGGAAGUCCGGGACCGGGAACUGGCCAUUUUGUUGAAAUCUUCCCUUAUCUCCAGCUCCCUCACAUUCUCAUGGACUGUGGCGCCAUACAUGGUUUCCCUGGUGACGUUUCUUACCUACAUCUACAUAACUGAAGACCACUACCUCAACCCACAAACAGCCUUCGUUGCCAUCUCACUGUUCAACAUCCUUCGCUUUGCAGUCAACAUGCUGCCGAUGGUGCUGACAGAUGUGGUCAAGGCAGUCAUCUCAGUUAGGAGGAUCAGCAAGUACCUCAGUCGGGAUGAUCUCGAUGAGAGCAGCACUGGAUUUGAUCCUCUCCAGGAUGAAGCCAUAGUCAUUCGGAACGCUACAUUUAGUUGGACUACAGAGAUGGAACCAACACUGAAAGGUAUCAACCUGAAAAUAAAGGACGGUCACCUCCUGGCUGUUGUUGGUCAGGUCGGAUCUGGCAAGUCAUCACUUGUGUCGGCCAUAUUGGGAGAACUGAACAAGGUCAAAGGCAAGGUCAGCACAAGGGGACGUAUAGCCUAUGUUCCUCAACAAGCCUGGAUCCAGAACGACACCCUGCAGAACAACAUCCUGUUUGGGAAGCGUAUGGACAGACAUCUGUAUGAUGAGGUGGUGGAGUGCUGUGCCCUGAAGGCUGACCUGGAUAUGCUGCCAGCAGGGGACCUGACAGAGAUAGGGGAGAGGGGCAUCAACUUGAGUGGGGGACAGAAGCAGAGAGUGUCUCUGGCCAGAGCCGUCUACAACGAUGCUGACAUCUACCUCCUGGAUGACCCUCUCAGUGCUGUAGACAGCCAUGUUGGCAAACACAUCUUUGAUAAAGUUAUAUGUAAAAAUGGCCUUCUGAAAAAUAAGACGCGAGUGCUGGUGACCCAUGGCAUCCACUGGCUGCUGGAGGUGGACACUGUGGUGGUGAUGACAAACGGCCUCAUCUCCGAGAUAGGAUCCUAUGAUGAGCUGCUCAGCCACAAUGGACCCUUCGCCCAGUUCCUGAGGACGUACUUCUUGGAGAGUGAAGACGAGGAUGGGGAAGACCCUGAAGUUGUGGAGAUGAAGCGCCAGGUGUUACAGAGGCUGGAGUCGGUGAAGACAGACGAUGAGGUGGAGUCGGACAUCAUGGAAAUGAGGCGGAAGAAGAGAGAGUCUGAGUGCAAAGGUGCAGAUGAAGACCCAAAGGCUAAGGAUGAAGAAGAGGAUAAGGAGGACAAGAAGAAGCUGAUUGAGGAGGAGAAGGUGGAGGGGGGCCGGGUGAAAUGGAACGUGUUCAUGACAUUUGGUCGGGCUGUUGGACUGAAAUACGUUGGCCUUAUCUUCACCCUUUACGGGCUGUACGAGGCGGCGGCAGUCAUCGGCAACGUCUGGCUGAGUGAGUGGACAGAUGAUGCCCAGCUAAAUGACAUGACAGCCCUACCGUACAACAGCACUGAGCGGUUGGACCGGAACAACUACUACCUGGGGAUAUACGGAGCCCUUGGGGCUGCACAGACUAUCUUCGUCAUGGGUUUCUCCAUCACGGUCAGCAUCCGUUCUGUACACGCUUCCCGGAUUCUCCACACUCGCAUGCUGGCCAACGUGUUCAAGGCCCCAAUGUCCUAUUUUGAUACCACCCCUGCAGGUCGUAUUGUCAACCGAUUCUCCCAGGAUAUCGACACAGUGGACAACGAACUGCCACUGACAUUUGAGAUGUGGAUAGAUACAGCUCUCCUGGUCCUCGGCACCAUCAUCGUGAUCAGCUACAGCACGCCCAUCUUCCUGGCCGUCAUCGUGCCACUGUUUAUCCUCUACGUCUUUAUACAGAGAUUCUACAUCCCAACAUCUCGUCAAGUAAAGAGACUCGAGUCAAAGACGCGGUCACCUAUCUAUAGUCACUUUGGGGAGACCGUAUCGGGAGCUAGUGUGAUACGAGCAUACGGGGUAGCUGAUAGAUUCAUAGAGGAGUCUGAGAAGAGGGUGGACAAUAACCAGAGGUUUGCCUUUGCUGGGUUUACAGCCAACAGAUGGCUUGGCAUUCGUCUGGAGUUCCUGGGCAACUUCAUCAUCUUGGCAGCCUCCGUGUUCGCUGUGCUGGCCCGUGACAGCAUCACUGGGGGAUUGGUCGGCCUCUCCAUCUCUUAUGCCUUGGAGAUAACAGGGAAUCUUAACUGGUUAGUUCGUAUGACCUCUGAUCUUGAGACACAGGUGGUUUCAGUUGAAAGAAUCAAAGAGUAUACAGAAAUUGCAUCAGAGGCUCCUUGGUCCCUCCAGGAACACUGCCCCAACCACGACUGGCCACAGUCCGGGGUGGUGAAGUUUGUGGACUACUCAACUCGCUACAGACAGGGUCUUGACCUGGUGCUUCGGGGCAUCUCCUGCACCAUCAACUCAGGGGAGAAGGUGGGCAUUGUGGGCAGGACAGGUGCAGGGAAGUCAUCUCUGACCCUGUCACUGUUCAGGCUGAUCGAGGCUGCAGGAGGGCAGAUAAUCAUAGACGGAGUUGAUGUCAGUACACUGGGGCUGCAUGACCUGAGGAAAAGACUUACUAUCUUGCCACAGGACCCUGUGUUGUUUGCUGGGACCCUGAGGAUAAACCUGGAUCCCUUCAACAAGCACAGUGACGGCCAGAUCUGGACAGCCCUGGACCAUGCCCACCUGAAGACCUUUGUCCAGUCUCUGCCGGACAAGCUGCAACAUGAGUGUGGGGAGGGAGGCGAGAAUCUCAGUGUUGGCCAGCGGCAACUACUGUGUCUGGCCAGAGCUCUCCUCAAGAAGACCAAGAUCCUGGUUCUGGACGAAGCUACAGCAGCCGUUGACAUGGAAACGGAUGACCUGAUCCAGCAGACCAUCAGGUCAGAGUUCAAGAACUGCACCGUGCUGACCAUCGCCCACAGACUCAACACGGUCAUGGACUACGACAGGAUUUUGGUUCUGGACAAUGGCAAGGUGGUGGACUUUGAUUCCCCCCAGUCUCUCCUCCAGCAGCCUGGCGGGGUUUUCUACAGGAUGGCCGAGGAUGCUGGACUGGCCUGAGGCAGGUGCUGCUGUGCGUUGAUGCUGUCAGAGUGACGAGACUGAGGUCAUGUAUGACCGCUGUAACUACAGGAUGGCCGAGGAUGCUGGACUGGCCUGAGGCAGGUGCUGCUGUGCGUUGAUGCUGUCAGAGUGACGAAACUGGGGUCAUGUAUGACCGCUGUAACUAUGGGAGCAGAAGGAAAGACACCAUUGAGAUGUUUUCUGUAAAUAUUAGCUGCCGCAGUGACAACACGUAUUGACUCCUGUAUAUCUUUUAAUAAUAUUUUGAUUGUUUAGUAACGAGCGAAUACAUAAGUUUGGUAUUAAACUGUGGUUUGCCUUAUAUACUAAAUAUAUAUCUCAGUUUUCUGAAGUGAAUCAUGUUUUGUUUUCAAUCUGUAAGCUGGUACGUUGGUUAUGAAGUGACUUCAUAAUGGUCUUCCUGGCUAUUUCCCCACAUUAUUAAUGUGUACUCCCAUGAUUCUGUGAUAGAAGACACAAUGUCUGAAUAUAUUUGGAUUGGAGAAUAUUCAGUAAUAUACCCAAUUUACAAAUUCGAAUUUACAAAUCCAUUCUUUUUCAGAAAUUGCUUCAGUAGAAUUGCAACAGGCAAAAAUGCAAAUUUGAUUGCUACCUUAUUCCUUUAUGGGUUUGUAAUUCAUGAUCGUGAAGAAAGAAAUCCAACACACCUUUUGUCCACCAUUUCCUAAUUUUUAUUUUAUGUUUGACACUGCUGACCAGAGUUUGGUUUAGAGUUCAGCACCAGCAUAUUCUGUCGUUGUUGUUCUUGGUGCCGUUGUACAAAGCGAUCUUAGCGCUAAGGUGAUCGUAACUCCCGUACCUUAACAUAGACUUACAACAGUCAUAGCGCUAAGGUUGUUUUGUACAGCGGCACCCUCCCUGUUCAUUAGUAAGAAGUUUCAUGCAGCUGUCAGGAGGAGGCGGAGUUUUGUCUGCCUUACAUUUGCCAAUUCGUAAUCAUGUAAUUUUAUGACAGUAUGUAUGACCAAAUGUGUUGUUUACUUGUUGUAUACUCAAUCACCUAUGUUAUGUCUGCUUAAGUCUGCAUGGCUGCAUCACCCUUCCCACCCAUUGUCUCUGCGUAUGAUCAGGUAAUCCUCACUGGUCUGGUUAUCCGAGGGGGGAAACGAUACAUCGGUGCAUCGUGAGGUUUCAUUUGAUGAUAUGAUUCACAAUACUUUUUCUUCUGUAUCGAUAAAUUCCUUACUACUUUCUUAAUGACCCCUGGCAUUUUUGGCCAUCAGAUAUCACAAAAUGUGUAUUUUAAACCUCCUCUGACAUAUUUCUUGUCUUGUGUAUCGCAUCAUGACCUAUGUAUCAUAAUACGUAUCAUAUCAUGAUUUUGCUGUAUCGUUUCACCUCUAGACAUAUGGUCAUCUGAUUACCUUUCCUCCUCCAGGGUCACUGGUGGUCAUACGUCUAAGUCACAGUUAUUCACUGUGCAGAGUUAUUCCCCUUAGGCACACCAUCCUACGAUUUUGGGUUUCAAUCCCAGAUUCACCUUGAUUUGUCAGCACCGUACAGGGGCUGUGGAUUUCAAAGUAUUACUUACCUGAAGACUUUCGAGAUUUCCUCCUCUGUUUAUCUGACACACUGUCAUAUAGGGGGCAUGGGUGGCCAAGUCGUCUAAGGCGCCACGAUUCGCUGUGCAGAGUUGCCUCCCUUGGGCACGCCAGAAACCUAUGAUUGUGGGUUCGAAUC